UGGUAACAAAAGUAAAAAUAAGACUUGGCAAUUGGUAUAUUGGUUUGGAAUCAUCAUAUCUCUAAGCUUAUAUAGGAAUCGUCCUGGUUAAUAUCGGUUUAAUUGUCUAGUUGUUACCAGAAUUCACGACAGGAUUCGAAUAUUUAUUUGCAUCGCUUUGUCGUUGGUGUUUUGGACUCCUCAAGUUGAACGGCCAUUCAUUUCAACAGUUAUGAAGAGCAAUACAUUAUUUUGCUCGUUUAUAAUUGCUGCUAUUUUUGCAGUUUUAUUCAUUCAGCAAUCUAAAGGAGAAUGUGAAGCCCCUACCUUGUCAGAUGAGACCCGUGUCAUUGUGUCACCUGAUCAGAAUACGUACAGUGAUUGGUCCUAUAUUCAACUCACGUGUGAUGAGAUGUAUUCACCAAGCGGGUCUGACUAUAGCUAUUGCGAUCCUCAAACAGGAUGGGACCCCGAUCCAUCUUCUUUCUUUUGCUACGAUGGAUGUACAGCCCCAAGUCUCCCUUCGAACACAAUCCAAUUUCCGAUUGGUGAGUCAUACUCUUCAACCCAGGAAUCCUACGAUCACAAUGACAUCAUCGUAUACGAAUGUGCUGAGGGGUUAGACGGGACUCUUGUUGGGCCAGACCAGGCAACUUGUAUCAAUGGAGUUUGGGAACCCUCACUAGAACCUUACUGUACAGGUUACACAACAGAUGCUCCAAUAAAUGAGACAUCUACUUCCUCUCCUACUCCUACCAGGCUCACAGACAGUUUCACAGCAACACAGGGAUCCGGUUCUACAUCGGGAGUUACGCAAACGACAGGCUCAUCAUCUUUAAGGACAAACAUUCUUUCUACAUUAAGAGACGAACCUGUUUCAGACUUCUCUACGCAUACAACAAGUGGAUCCCCGUUUAUGAGCACCGACUUGGCUGAAGUGACAGACUUCUUUGAAAAUACUACCGAUCUGCCGUUACACAGUUCUGCAACUGAUGAAAUAAAUCACCCAACGGCUUCUACGUCAGAAACCACCAUGGCAACCUGGGUCCCCGACUCCACGGCACAUUUGAGUGGCACCACAGGAUCGUCUACAGUGAGCACCGAUUUUCUCAGCACGACCGAGCUUCAUCUAACCACGCCAGAUCUACCAUUAUACAAUCACACAACUGAUGUAGAUAAGCCGUCGGGUGAAGCAACUACUUCCGAGAUCACUACACUGCUUCCCAUAAGUACAUCAACUCUUGAUGGCACUAUUGUCCAAUCUACUCUGCGUACUGAUCCGUCUGAUGUAACCGAGUUCGAAUCAACGACAGCCGAACCAUCAUCACAUAUGCCAACAACAACACCUGAUGAAAUGCAUUCAACAACAGAAUCGCCUACUUUAGAGAUCACAUUGACUACACUGAUCCCUGAAACAACUCGAUACCUUGAAGCUAAAACGGAUUAUCCAGAUAUGACAGAAAUUGUUACUGACCUGACGUCAGAAAGGUCGGACACAGAGAACCCUACACCAAAUAACGUUGUAACCACUGACACUAAUUCAACAGACUUUAUCACGGCAUCAACUAUGUCAAAUACAGUCAUGACUGAGACCGUUACAGCAACCGCCGUGGAUAGUACGCAUCCUACUAAUCAAUUCAUUUCCAAUACUUUUGACACUACUGAAAUAUUUGAUACCACGCAAAAGAUGUUUUCAGGAAGUGCUACAAUGCCAUUGGAAUCUGAAACAAGAACAACCCCUCAGAGUGUAACACAAGGCGAUGAGACAACCGAGCUUCAAAACUCGCUCCAAACCACUCUAGAAACAGAUUAUGAGUAUAUUACCACAGACGAAAAUACGACUAAUGCGAUGACACCCUCAUCAUCUCCGGGUGCAACUACUAAUUCGCAAUCCAGCACCACAGAAACAGUAACUGAUGAAAUAGGUGUUUCCUCGUCCAACAGACUUAUCCCCAUCACCGAGCAUUUCUUCACAACUGAGUUAGUAACUUCCGAUUCUACGACAGCAAAGUUGACAGAAUCACCAGGAGCUGCUCCAGAUUCAUCUACGAAUAUGCUCACCACACCACCUUUGGAUAUGGUGACUACGUUUCUAUCUACCACUGAUGACGGUUUUCAGACCACACACCUAAGAACAUCUGACGGAACGGGUAGUACGGCACAUACCGUAUCAGACUUUACGGAAAACAUGACCACGUUUUCCCCGCUCUCUACUGAAAUAACUAAUGGGGACUUAAGAACUUCUGACGGAGAAGGGACUAAUACCCCAGACACAUCUACAGCAAGGGUAUAUACUGAAGAAACUCACAGUACAGAAUUGCCAGUUUCUGAAAUGGUCACCGACAUUGAUAUGACAUCAACGUCAACUGUUUCCACGACAACUGAACAAGACUCAAUUAUUUCAACUUCUACACAUUUACCAGGUACAACCAAUGAAAUAUCCACACCUCUUACAGAAAUAAUCGGAACAUCGCGUCUCAUGGAGAGUACACCACAGAAUGGCUUGACAUCUUACGACACAACGGUUCCUGGGAAAGUCACCACCGUAAAACCGACAGAACCCAAGAAAACUGAAUCGCCAAAGACUACCAAACAAUACUCUUCUGGUCCUUCGACUUCUGCUAUUACUGCUACUGAUUCUGGGCCAGCUGCUACAACAGAUUCAGUGCAAGUUACAAACACGCAAAGUACUUUAUCAACAUCUCGAAAGACCACGAUACCUGGGAAAAUUACGACAGUCAAACCUACGGAGUCCAAGAAAACUGAACCACCAAAGAGAACAACCAUAUCCGAACCAGCUUCUGCAGCUACCUCUAUUCCUGGUCUCAUCCAAGUUCCAUUGGAACAUCUUUGA